AUGUCCCAGGACCCGAAUGCUCGCCUCCUCCUUCCCCAGAACCCGCCGAGCGCACAGAAUGUCCAUACGCCUACCUUCUCUGUCGCGCCCCAGCAGUAUCCUCAGAGCGCCGCCCAAAAGAACUAUGUGUUUGUCGACGAACAUAACCGCCACAAGCGGUUAAAAGUGAUGAGGGCCUGUGAGGGCUGUCGCAGACGAAAGAUCAAAUGCGAUGCCGCGACCACCAACUCAUGGCCCUGCUCAGCCUGCAUUCGACUCAAGCUGCAAUGUGUGCGACCGAACGGCUACGACACGUUUGCCGACUCUGGCUUCGAAACCUCGAUGGGCCAGUCAGAUCAGAUGCAGCAAAUGCAGAUGCAGCAACCUAUCAUUCACCCAGCACAGAAGCCUGGACCGCCUGUUUAUGCUCAAACUUACCCUGAUAUCAGUACCUCUGCAUACCAACCGGUGACAUAUGAUCCUGAGCAACCGCAGACACAUGGUUUAAAUUACACCACUGUCUCGCAUGUUCCUGUUAUGGAUCAUACAUAUCAGCAGAGUUUAUAUCAGCCGCCACAAUUACAAGUAUCUACGGGGCAUGAACCCUCGCCCGAAGCCUAUACGCCAGAUUCACUACAACAGGGCGAUUUGGCAGACUUGCUGGGAAGUUUAAAGGUGGACGAGAAAGGAACAGCACCCUAUCUACGAAACAAGGCUUCGUUUGUGCGCGAAGAGCCAGCGGUGGAGGAUGAUGAUGAAUACCAAGUUGACCUUCCACCGGCUGCUGGCCCUGGGUCCAAGCUUAGAAUCCCACCCGAGUUGAUGCCCGAUGAAGCCGUUGCUCUGAGUUACAUCGAUGCCUUUUUCAGGAAGGUCCACCCGUAUGUACCAGUUUUAAACAAGGCCAGCUUCCUUCACCAGUGGCACACAAACAGGGAUUCUAUUUCCCCUUUGAUCUUGGAAGCCAUUUUUGCUAUCGGUGGUCGUUUAUGCGAUGACCCGAGCGAUGGCCAUCAAUGGAUGGCCCUCUCCUCUAGGCAUGCGGAUGCCUUCCUCGAUGUUCCAAGAUUAAGUACCCUUCAAGGUUUAUUGCUGCUUCUUAAGGCACGGGAGGCAGUUCCAAAGCGAGGCUACUAUUACCGUUCAUGGAUGACAGUGGUUCAGUGCGCCCAGAUGGGCAAAGACCUCGAAUUAGACGAACAUCUCGAUGACCACGCGUCAGGUCGUGGGUGCGAUUUCAGCCCCGCUGACUGUCAACUCCGCACACGAAUCUGGCAGGUGGUGUUUGUUUGCGAAGUCAUGGUUGGCGCGCCACAAGGACGUUUUGAUCUUUCGAUCCCGGAAGAUACUGUGGACUUUGAGGUCCAUCACUCCGCUGUUGAUGGAGAGGGAGACAUGACCUCACGCAACUUUACCUAUCUUGCACGCGUUGUUCGAAAUGUCAAGCGACUGAGCAGCGUGUACAUGAAGGUGAGGAAGAAGAAGGAAUGGGGCAUUGACCCCAGAGUCCAACAGUUGAAGGCCGGAUUCGACUCCUUCUUGGCCGAGCUCCCUCCCGAUCUUGCCGUUAGUUUCCCCCUAGAUGGCUCUCGUCCGUGGAUCCAGGACCCUUUCACAGGAAAUUUGCUUUCCUACUUCUACCUCACAUUGAUUCUGUAUCAUCGGCCACAGCUCUUCUCCAUUGACCCGACGGCCAACCCUGCACAGUGGAAGCACCAGAUGGUGAUCUGUUAUGAUUCCGCGAAGGCUCUCUGCCGGUUACAGGAAGCGACUGUGGCAGCCGGCAACCUGGAAGCACUGCAGAGCAUGCAGCGGGGCUACAGCUUCACGGUGUACGCUGGGUUAUCUUGCAUAGUGCUUCAUUUGGUUGCCGUUGUUUCGCCCGAUCCGGACUUGAAUAGAGACGCGUCAGAAUAUUUUACCCGCCACAUGAGGAUCAUGGAGAAGGUAAUGGAUGUAUGGGCCAUGCCCGAGCUUCGGUCACAAGUGGAGGCUGUGCGUGAAGCAUUCUCGGCGGACGUACGGAAGCCCUUUGUUCUCAAACCAUCGUUUCCUUAUGGGAGCCCGCAUCCCUCGAACAGCUCGACCUCCCCUAGCAGGCCGCAUGGCUAUAGACCGGAAUUCGGUCGGACUGGAUCUAUGGACCAGCAUCUUGAUGCGCAGAACGCUCAAAAUGUUAGUUAUAUUGGACACCCCAUCUCUCCCCCAGUGUCGAUCGGUACCACGGAUAGCAAAGGUGACUCUCCAGCUGGGCAGCCCCUCAUGAUGAUGUCCCAAAGUGGCCCAACGCCGGGACUACAAAGUAUGCCGCUCGCAGAACAACCUGCUUGGAACCCGGCCAGAAUCUUCGAGCACUGGAAUACAUCCUUCGGUACGCCUGCUCAACCUAAUGCAUCCUCAGCCCCACAGAGCCGGUCCCUAAAUCUUGAUACUUCAGGUGCUGCUCAUGUCUCUGGCAUCCAGGACUACCAGGAUCCAAAUGCAGGAGCAAUGAGUUCCAGUCAGCAGUCAAUCUCGCCGCAACAAUACACUGCAGCUACAAUUCCUAAUUUUGUCACGCCGGCCAUGUGGCAGGAAUCUGUGGCCAGCGUGUAUGAAGGCGGUCUUAAGAGGGCUUGGGACUACGACUCAGGCCCCAUGAUGAAACGACGCCAAUGA